CAGGUGCAGCAGUGAAGCAUCUCAGCCUCUCAGCACCAUGCAGCUCUACCUGGACCUGCUUUCCCCGCCGUGCCGCGGCCUCUUCCUGUUCGCCGAGGCGCUGAAGAUCCCGUAUGAGUUCAGGCUGGUGGAUCUGCUGGCGGGGCAGCAGUACUCUGAGGAGUUUGAAAAACUCAACCUGGUGAAGAAAGCUCCGGUUCUGAAGGACGGCAGCUUCGUUCUGUCAGAAAGCAUUGCCAUCCUGCAGUACCUGGUGCAGAAAUGUUCGGUGGCAGAUCACUGGUUUCCAGCCGAGCUGCAGCAGCGCGCUCGUGUUAAUGAAUAUUUGUCCUGGCAGCACCGGAACCUCCGAUCUCACUGCUCAAAGGUCUUCCUGCUCAGGAUCAUGCAUCGACCCCUGAUGGGCUCCGGCCCGAAGGACAAGCUGGACGCCACUCUGGAGGACAUGAAGCAAUCCCUCGACCUGCUGGAGGAGAAAUUCCUCCAGGACAAACCGUUCAUCGUUGGGAAUAAAAUCUCUCUGGCAGAUCUGGUGGCCAUGGUGGAGAUCAUGCAGCCUCUGGGAGUCGGCGUGGAUCCGUUCCACGGCCGGCCGAAGCUGACGGCCUGGAGGGAACGCGUGAAGAAGGAACUGGGAGUGAAACUGUUCGACCAGGCCCACGAGGCGCUGCUGAACCUCAGAGGAAUCCAGCAGAAGAUGCAGAACAACACCGAGAUCCACAAGCUCAAACCGAUGUUCCUCAAGUAUUUCCGCUGAGAACACAGAAAUAAAACUCUGAUGUUUGGUUGUUUCUGUAAAACGCCUCCAAAUGUUUAGUCUGAAAGAACUGAACCAUCAUCCAGUUAUAGACGGGAUUAAAACUGGAACUAAGAACUGUUCAAUAAAAACAUGAACAACAUGAA